AUCAGUUCAUAAUUUCCUUCUCUCUUUUCUUCCUUUUUUUUUCCUUUCAUUUUCUCUCUCUUUUCUUUCUUGGUUUUUUCGAUCUAUUGAAACUCGCUUCCUUUUAAUCGUAUGCAUAGGAUUAGGGUUCGUAUUAUUUGGGCUUAAUCUUGGAUUAAAUCAGCUUGGUGGUCAUGUAACUUCUUUUGGAACUGACUGCUGUCAUAUGUGAAUUCAAAUUGUAUACAUCCCUGGCACACACAGAUGGGUGAACUGAGGACAAUGAUGCGAAGGAAUGAAUCAUUCAGAACUUACCAGUUUGGUCUUCUUCUUUCCCCUGUUGUCUCAGUUUGGGGUUGUUUUGUUCGUAAGAUAAGGUAUAAUUACAGUCCUGAGUGGGUGUAGUAGACAUUGUCUCAGAAUUCAGUAUAGUUCCACAGCUGAUAGGAAACAUAUAAGGAAAAUAUAAAAAAAAAUAGCAGGAGAUAAAAAAAAGGUAGAUAAAACAAGUCUCUCAAAACAUUUAAAUAAAAAGAGAGAUAAUUAGAGGGUAAAUGUAUACUUCGUAAAAUAGUUCUUAUUUCAGGAAAGAUAAUCUUACUAACAUACUAUAGUUGAGGUUAAUUGGAGUUAAAAAGGUCGGAGAUGGAGUCAGCGAAAACCCCCCAUGUGAAAAAGGCAAAAAAGAAGCAGGUGAAGGAUGAAUUGGAUCGCAUGAAGCAGGCAGAGAAAAAAAGGAGGAGAUUGGAGAAAGCCUUGGCGACUUCUGCAGCAAUUCGAUCUGAACUUGAGAAGAAGAAACAGCUGAAAAAUGAAGAGCAACAGAGACUUGAUGAAGAGGGUGCUGCAAUUGCUGAAGCAGUUGCUCUCCAUGUUUUACUUGGAGAAGACUCUAAUGACACGCCUACAAUUGUUUUGAAGAAAGAGGAAGACUUUGGUGGUUGGCACCAUACUGCGAAUAUCGGACUUUUUAUGGACAAAUCUGCUCUGUCGCAUCAGAGCCUAAAUAAGUGCUCCUUGGAGAGUUUUGGCUGGUUUCCGGGAUCUUAUGGACAAGAGUGCGAGUGCAAUCACUUUGGAGAUAUCAAUCAGCCCUUUUCAUCAUAUCCACUUGAGAAAAACUUCCACAUGCCAUAUUUGGAUGAUGGACCAUGGAGCAAUGACGAUAUCUCUGCAGGCCUUAUUGCGGCACAGGCUGUUUCAUCUCUCCAGAUUGGAGAAGAUGCACACGUGGACAGAGUUUUCUUCAACCGAUAUUGAGAUUGCUUAAAAUAAGGGUUAUGAUUCAUAUGAUAAAGGCAGAAUAUCACUGAAUAAACAUCCAAUGUAUAUACUGCUUCUCUGAUGUGCCCCUUGUUUUCAGUCUCCUGUAAUGUUGUCGACAUUGUUAUUGUCAUCAUGUGUUUGGAUUUUUCUUUUAGUAUGGCUUACUGGUUCUUAGCGUUUCGUAUAGGAUGAAUUGAGUUUGAGCUUUGUCAAGACUGGGAUAUUCUGAAUGACCAGUAAUGUCUUUGUUAUUGUGAUUUGAACUAGUAUUAUUAUCAUCAUUCUGUGUUUACUGUGUAACUGGGCUAUGAGAUGCUAAUACAAUAUGAUUAUGUUUUUCUUCU